AUGGCGGUUCUUACACUCGUCCAUCGCGCCUUGCCUUUCUCCCUCCCCUGGAAAAGACGCCAGUCAACAGACUCAACAGGUAGCAAAGGAAAAGAAAAAGAAUAUGAGGUUCAGUCUCCGGACUCGGGGUAUGGCUCACAAAGUGAUCCCCAGAGUCAUUAUCACGAUGCCGAAAUCCCCGACGCACCCCUGCACCAUGACGUCUCGCACGCCUUGCAUAUAGCGGUGAAGCAACACCUAGACCCAAAGGCCAUGAGGUACGACGCACGGCGCGACGAGUCAGAAAUGGAGGAGGCGUCUUCCUCACAUUUUGACUCCAUCCCCGGGUGCAAGCCCGACUGGCUCGCAGAGAAGGGCGAACCUUCUGCACGCCCGCAGCUCGCUCGCGUGGUGAGCUGGGCGAGUAUUGUUCGCAGCCAGUGUCGCUGGACGAGUGGCCAGGAGAAAAAGCUUGAAGAUGCAAGGAGGCAACUUGCAAGAUGUCAGAAGGCUUGGAGUUCGGAGCAAGAGUUGUGGCUAGUCUAUAUACAAGCCCUCAGCGAAGAAAAGGAGGCGCAUAGUGACUUUUUGCUCUUGCGCUCGAGACAGCAGGAUGACGAGCAGCAUCAAUUUCGCAAGGCGUGGAAACGACGCCGAUCCUUUGAAACGGCCUUGCAACUCAAUAGCCUGGCAGUGAAUAGUAAUGCUGGCAUGAGUAACAAGUUUCGUCGACUACAGCGACACGGAUACCUGGAAACUCCUCUAGUGGCAACAGAUUCCACGGCACUGGCAUGCCGGGGCUAA